UUUUGUCAAGAUUUUGUUGCUGCUUUACGCCAUAUUUUAAUCGUUUUCAAGCAAGAAGCCGCUGUUGAAAGACUAAUCGAUUUUAUUGCCAGAUUUGCUACUGAAACAGUCGGCGACUACGAAAAUGACGAUGAUCAAACUGCAAUACAAGAGCGAAGCAAUCAGUUUAUGAUAUUUUUACUACAGUUUUUAUUAUCAAUUAAUCAAGCUCAGGAUCGUGGAAUACGCUAUCGAUCUUGUCAACUAGUCUGCAAAUUACUCAAUAAUUUAAGUGAAGAUGCGCAAAUUGAUGAUGAUUUGUAUAACUUAAUAUACGAAGCCAUGCUUGAAAGACUUUACGAUAAAGUACCCGCUGUACGCAUUCAAGCAGUUCGUGCAGUUGCUCGUCUACAAGAUCCAACCGAUGAAGACUGUAUAGUGAUCAAAAAAUAUAUUGAAUUAAUUAGCAAGGAUUCCAGUGCCGAAGUUCGCCGUGCUGUGCUUGCCAAUAUUGCAAUCAAUGCUCUUACUUUACCCGAAAUUAUUGAACGUACUAAAGAUAUCAAGGAAAGUGUACGACGUGUCGCCUAUCAAGUCUUAGCUGAAAGAGUGGGUAUUAAAUCGUUGACAAUUAAUCAACGACUAGAUUUAUUAGAAAAUGGCCUAAAAGAUAGAUCGAAAGGUAUCCAACUCAUCUGCAAGGGUAAACUAUUGACAAAUUGGUUAGUGAGUUUAGGCAGUAAUGUCCUAGUACUAUUACAACAUUUAGACGUUGAAAAUGCCACAAAGACAAUUCAAUCUGUGUUAAAUAUGCUCUUUAUGGAUAUUCCAUUGGAAGAUUUAAUCGCUCCACUUGUCAGCAAUGAUGCUAAUGUCGUUGUUUAUGGUAGAGCUAAGGUCCCCAAAGAAGACUCUGUAACUAGUGAAAUAGUUCUUUAUUGGCGCUGUUUAACACAGCAUUUAAAUAGUAUCGAGAAUCAUGGCGAGGAAUACUUAGAUAAAAUACUACCAGAAUUAUCGGUAUUUUGCGAAUAUAUUAAAAGGUUUAUUGCUUUACCGUAUGAUAAGCAAGAUGAAGAAUCCACUAUAACUCGUGCAUUCAUAUUGGAACAGUUACUAAUGCUUGCUGGAGUAAUGGAUUUAACUGAUGAAGUUGGCAGGAAGAACUUUCGCAAACUUUUAAAAGAGCAAAUGAUGGCACUUAAUUCACUACCAACUCUACUACCUGUUGUGAUGGAACAAUAUCAGAAGCUAUCACCAGAUUGUAAAAAUUAUGUUUCCGAAAUUACUGAAGUCAUAUCUGAUAUUCGUCAACCUCUGGUUUCUACAAGAUUGAAAUAUUCUAAAGAGGAAAUCCGACAAAUGGAACUCAAGAUUGCACGUUUACGAGUUAAAAUAAAUGAACUAAAAGAGAAAUUAGAAGAAUGUGUAGCUGAAGAAGAUUUCAGCUCAGCAGGUGAAAUAAAAUCAUCGAUACAAGAACUGGAGGAACAGAAAUCACAAUUGAAAGAUGAUUGCGAAGCUACGGAGUUUGAAACAGUUAUAGCUCAAGAUGAAAAUGAAGUUGUCUAUCGUUGUCUGUCGAUAUUUAAAGAAAUGCUUGCAAAUGUAACAGAAAUAUCGACAUCUGUACAUCCAAUUAUUAACGAUCUAAUGGAUUCUUUGAUAUUGCCCAGUGUACAAAAUGAAGAUCCAGUUAUUCGCAAGGUUGCUGUUGAGUGCCUUAGUGUGUGUAGCAUCAUUAACAAGGAACGGGCUCGCAUUCAAUUAAUAUUAUUCCUACAGAUCAUGCAAGUAGAUCAAUUAGAAGUGAGGCUAGUGGCACUGAAGGCUGUCUUUGACUUGCUACAUGUUUUUGGAUUUAAGAUAUGCAGCGAAAGUGACACAGAACAAACUUCGGACGGUAACCAACAAAAUGGAGACGAGAAUAACCUCAAUACCUCCAGUAAAUUGUUAGCGAUUCUAACAAGUUUCUUAGAUAAUGAACUGGGCGAAAUAAGACAAGUAGCAGCCGAGGGAUUUGCCAAAUUACUUCUAUCGGGUCGAUUAUCUAGUCCGAAGCUGAUCUCAAGGUUACUGUUACUGUGGUAUAGUCCAACGUCCGAGGACGACUUACAUCUAAGACAUUGCUUAGGUGUUUUCUUUCAAGCCUUCGCUCUAAAUAGCAAUGAAAAUCAGCAAUGUCUACUGGAUGCAUUCUUUCCUACAUUGCACACAAUUGCUGAUGCCCCUGAUGAUUCUGCUUUACGAGAUAUUGAUGCGAAUAAUGUUGCAGAGUUAGUGACACAUUUGACGUCAUUACACAUUUUCCAAGCUAAUCAGGAACAUCAAAAGGAAAAGCGGACAAUAGAAAAUCUGGUGAAUGUCCAUGACGAUCUGGCUGUUAAGAUUUGUAACGAGAUUUUAUCUGACCACGAAGGACCCUUACUUCGCGUGUGGUGUAAAAUGCUUAAUUCGCUUUCAAUUGAUAAAUUAAAUUCGCCAAAUGUUAAAAUAUUAACUGACUUGGUAUUGGAAGCGCUUGAAGUUGUAAACGAUAAAAUAUGCCUUAAAGCCUUACAAAAAUUUAAACAAUGUCUACUGUCCAAUAAUACCGACGAAAACCAGGAGAACACGGAAGAAGGGGCAGAUUAA